AUGCCGGGAUCCCCUCGUUUCCGAGUGGAGUGCCAACUGCAUUUCCAAACGAACACCCAAGCUACGAAGAUGAACGUGACUGUAAUGCUGACUGUGCUGAGCUGCAUGGUGAUUGCUGUUGCCAACGCUGAUGACUCUGGGCGCCAGCUACGUCAACAAAGUCUCAUCGGCGGCGCUAUCGGAACGGUGCUGAAUAUCCUGACACCGACGCCCGCACCGACACCCGCACCGACACCCGCACCGACACCCGCACCGACACCCGCACCAACGUUGGCGCCGACGUCGGCGCCGUCCCCCGCGUCGACGGAGCAGUUUAACGAAGCUGAUCUUUUACUCCGUCGUCGGCCAGAGUAG